AUGGCACCCACGCAAACGCAAACCCUCACAUCCCACCACGAGCAGUUCAGCAAGCCCAUCACCCUCACAGGCCGCAUCUCCAAACCCGCAACCCGCACAACAACCCGCACACCCACCAACCCAAACAAAUCUCUCCUCUCCUACACCCCGCAAAUCCCCCCGCCUCACCCCGACAUCCCCAUCUCCCUGCUGCGCAACAAACUCCUCCUCCAAUGCCGGCCAUACAUCCCCAGCCGCCUGCUCCACGAAGCCCUAGCCGACGGCCUGUACGCCCGCGCCACACACUGGAUCACCCCCGCCAGUCUAACCGCCUCGCGCCACGGCAAACACAAGCGCUACUUCGUCCUGCACACGUCGGAUUUCUCACUGCAGCAAGUCGGGUCCGCCUGGGAAGCGCGCGUGUGCGCGAAUAGUCGGGGCAUCGAUGCGGGGAACGGCGUGACUUUAUCGGUGCGGGAGCGGAGCGAGUGGGUCAGCUUUGUCAGGGGCGAAACAUUUAGCCAGCGUUCUAUUACAGCUACAUCAUUUUCCCAAGCCCUCUCGCGAAGAAUCGCAAUCCCCGCAACGUGA